AUGGUUUCUCGCAAGGCUUCUCUCGUCAAUGGUGUAUUUCCAGGAACAGUUCUCUUUGCCAACAAGGGCGAUGUUCUGCGGAACACGGUCGUCAAUCAGUUGUCCGACCCUUCGAUGCGUCGUUCGACCACCAUUAGCAGCACUGGCACGGUUUAUUCCAACAAACUACCGCCUAUGAAGAUGGACCAGCUUUCGUUACUCAGUGUCCCAUUGCUCCUAAUGCAACAUACCAAUAUGUCAUUCCCCUUCGGGACCAAACCGGGACACACUGGCAAGUAUCACUCUCACUUGGGUAGCCAAUAUGUGGAUGGUGUUCGAAGCGCUAUUGUCAUCUAUGACCCAAAUGACCCUCAUAAGAGCCUCUAUGGCAAGCGCUUUCAGACUGGGUACCAUACCCCAGCACCGGUUUUAGGGGAAGAAUAUAUUGCCAGCGGUAGUGAACCUGUUCCGGACAGUGGUCUCAUCAACGGCCGUGGGCGAUACAAGGGAGGUCCCGCCGCACCCUGGUCUGUAUUUAAUGUUCAAAAGGGAAAACGCUAUCGCUACCGAGUGGUCAAUAACGGCGCGCUCGGCUACUACACCUUCCAAAUCGAUGGACAUCCAUUGAAAAUCAUUGAAGCAGAUGGUACGCACACCAGCCGUACACUGUUAAUUCACUUGACAUCCACCCGGGAGAGCGCUAUUCCAUUAUUGGUCGAAGCCAAUCAGACUGUAGGCAAUUAUUGGAUCAGGGCACCUAUUACCGCGCGUCGAAGCAGCAAUACUUUGGAACCCGAGUUCGUCAAGGCAAUUCUGCGAUAUGAAGGUGCCCCAGUGCGGGAUCCCACCACCUCAAAAUCAUCUGGCCUGAAAUUAGACCAAAAUCUCCUGAAGCCUGUUGAAAAUCCUGGAGCUCCUGGAGGUAGCGGUCCCGUGAGCGGAGUUAUUGAUCUGAAGUAUGGUGGUGUCAGUAAUGGCCAAACAGGGUGGCAGGUCAACGACAGCCAAUAUAAACCUCCUAAUCUGCCAACGCUUUUGAGGAUCCUGUCAAACAACGCAUCUACAAAUUCUGAUUUCGCUCGAUCCGAAAACACCAUAGUCCUCCCAUUUAACAAAGUCAUCGAACUUCAGAUCCAUGGGUCUUCCAAUGGAUUUUUCCAUCCUUGGCAUCUUCACGGGCAUGCUUUCGAUAUUGUUGAGAAUGGGGGACCUGUCAACUAUGUCAACCCUCCGCGCAAGGAUGUGGUACCAGUUGGUGGAAAUACUGCAAGAAUUAGGUUCAGGACCGAUAACCCUGGCCCUUGGUUCUUGCAUUGUCAUAUCGAUUGGCAUCUGGAAGUUGGGCUUGCUGUCGUAUUCGCCGAAGCACCAAAUGAGCAACGAACAGGGCCGCUUGCAAUCCAACCAUCUCCAGGUUGGUCUGAGCUUUGCCCGAAGUAUGCUGCAUUACCGCCUGCUCUUCAAUGA